UCCGACUGGUACAUCAUGCCCAAAGCACGUAGAGCAUACAGUUGCACCCAGUGCUUCUACAUAAGCGAGCGCAGCCAUGACCUCAAAAGACAUUUUUCUACAUGUCAUGGAGAGGGACAGAGUCAUGAUCGUGAAUCGUUGCCAGAGAGGACAGCACCCAUUCGUCCAGCACUACAAAGCAUUAUUACUCCAGUGCCUGGAAGUGCAGAAAAGGAGAAAGGACAACAGAAAGCUAUGAGGAAGCCAAUGUCUUCUGACAGCAACUCAUCAGAGUCCUUACCAAACACCUUCAUCAACCAACCCUCCCAUUCCUGUACUACCUUUGACAAACCUAAGAAAGAGAAGACCAGGAUAGGCCCCACCCCAAAAGGUGACUCCAAAAAGAAGAAGUUUGUGCGCUUCAACGUUAACAGCAACGGGUUGUCAGAAUCUGCUGGUAUAGGUAGCAAGACGGCAAUGUGUGCUCUGACGGGGGUCAAUAUCACCUCUGUUUAUCAGCUGAAGAAGAAGAAGGAACCAAAUGCGGUUGACAGUUCACUCAAUGUAGAAAUACCAGAAGGAAUAUCUGACUCGUACAUCAUGCCCAAAGCACGUAAAAGACACAGCUGCACCCAUUGCUUCUACACAACCAAGUGCAGCCAUGACCUCAAAAGACAUUUAUUUAGACGUCAUGGCGAGGGACAGAGUCAUGGUCGUGAAUCGUCGCCAGAGAGGACAGCACCCAUUCGUACUGCAAUACGAAGCAAUGUUACUCCAGUACCUGGAAGUGCAGAAAAGGAGAAAGGACAACAGAAAGCUAUGAGGAAACCAGGCGUCGCCAGCCAUAGUGUGUCUUCUGACAGCGGCUUAUCAGAGUCUGUACAAGACAUCUUCAUCAACCAACCGUCCCAUUCCCGUACUCCCAUCGACAAACCUAAGAAAGAGAAGACUGGGACAGGCCCCAUUUCAGGUACAGUCAUCGUCCCGCCAGAGGCAGCACCGGAUGGAGAGCAAGAUGGGUACAAGAGCAAGGAAUUAAGAAAACAGAGUCCACGCAAAAGAAAAGAUUCUAACAAUAAGAAUGCACCCCCAACUGUCAAAUCUGUGUUGUGUACGGUAUGCGGCAUCAUAGUCAACCUGUUUGACAGAAAAUCCUUCUUCCGUCACCCAGUUCUGAGUGUGGUAAUCUGUAAGGGAUGUUUCGAAUUCUACAACAAAAGUCUCUGGAAGACGGAUGAAGACGGCAUCGAGGAGGAGUGUGCUUGGUGUGGGCAAGGCGGUUCCCUAUCCUGCUGUGACUUCUGCUGCAAGACAUUCUGCAAGGAUUGCAUCGCUUUCAACUUGGGAACAGACGAAUUGAAACGUAUCUUAAAGAAGAAGUGGAGGUGCUACGUGUGUGAUCCUCGCCCCCUUAAAGUAUUUGUUGACGACUUCAGUGCUCUCCUUGCACAGUCUCUUGAAAUAGAGCAGAAGGAGACAGAGAAGGCAAAUGUUUCUGUACAGAAAAAGGGAGUGAAGGCACCUAAUAAGAAGGAGAAGAUGCAGGAUGCAACCAUAGCUGAGGAAUUCCUUCAGUAUCUCGUAGGGAAUAACAGUAAUAGGGCUCAGUUCAUGAGGAGCUUGGUGCGACUCAAGAAAGAGGUGCCUGACAUGCAGAACCUCCAGAUGAACCUGUCCCUAAAGCACAUCGGUGAGGUAAAGUCUGCCCUUGAAGAGUUUGAGGCAUGUGUGAAGAGGCAGCUCCACGGCGAUGCCCACAAGAGCGACUCUGCCCUUGAUGGAAUCAAUCAAGUUGACUGUGAAAGGCCUGAGGAGAAGUCCAAGUCCCAGAUGGAAGAGACACAGGUUAAAACUCAGGAGAAGGAGGAAUUGGCAGGCAUAGACGAGGCAAAGGAGGAGAGUGCAAUGGAAACAGCAGAAGGUGAUGGUGUUGAUAAUAAUACCAAGCCCAGAAAAAAAAAGAAAUGUGAACCAGAAAAGAUGGAACUGAAUGGAACGGCCAAAUGGGGAGAAGGACCAGGAGAGGACUCAAGUAAUCCUGAAGAAGAAUCUGGUUUUGAUGGCAUUCCUGGAGAGUCUUCUUCAGGAUCCUCUUGGGACGAAGGAGGAGAGAAGGAAGAUAAAGUUGGGAAAGUGAAGGAUUUGUCAGCAGUGACAGUCACAAGAAGCAGCAGGCAUAGCUUUGCAGCAAGUGAAAGUGAUUCUUCUGGGAGUAAAUAUGUGAACAGUGAUGAUAAUUAUACCAAGCCCCGAAGACGAAGAUUAAGCAGGAAAAAGAAGAAAUGUGAACCAGAACAGAUGGACUCUGCCUCAGAAGAAGAUAUGAAACUGAAAAGGCACGAGGGCAUUAGAGGCUUGAAAAGAAAAUGUAACCGUGCAACUGAUAGCGAUGAUGCUUCUGAGAAUGUACCUGAUGCCCAAGAUAAACCUGAAGAAGGUGAAACAGAGAGUGUUGCGAAGAGAGGGGAGGAAAAGUCUGAUGUUGAGAAGGAGUCUGAAUCAGAAGGAAAUCCAUCUAAGAAAGCAAAGAAGGUCCGAAAAUCUCCUGCAAAGAUAGACCUCAAGAGCAGGGAGCUUCUCAGUUCCGACUCUUCUUCAGAUGACGAGUCUAAUGCUGAGAGUGACGGCUGUUAUGGGGUGAGUUGGAAGAGUCUCAACGAGGAGUGGGAUAGCCGGGAAGUGGCAGAAAACCUUCUGAUGGAUGAGCUAGAUUGUAGUGAUGAGGAGGAUAAUGACGAUGAUGAUGAUAAGGGUGAUGAGGAUGAAGAAGUGGGUGGUGCCAGAUCCAAGCGGAGCAAGAAAAAGGCCGUAAAGAAGGCAGAAGAAGAUGAAGAAUGGAAUGAUGGUGAGAGACAGAUUGGAACAGGAGGAGGUGGCGGAAGUAGGGAUGGCAAGAAUGGAGGAGAUGAUAAGAAGAAGAAGACGAAAAGAAAGGACCCAACUUGGGACCUAUAUAAGAAAAAAUGGAAGGCUCAAAAGAAGGCAAAAGAAGAUGAAGAAUGGAAUGAUGGUGAGAGACAGAUUGGAACAGGAGGCGGCGGAAGUAGGGAUGGCAAGAAUGGAGGAGAUGAUAAGAAGAAGAAGACGAAAAGAAAGGACCCAACUUGGGACCUAUAUAAGAAAAAAUGGAAGGCUCAAAAGAAGGCAAAAGAAGAUGUUGAAUUUAUUAAAAGUGAGAGACAGAUUGGAACAGGAGGCGGCGGAAGUAGGGAUGGCAUGAAUGGAGGAGAUGAUAAGAAGAAGAAAGGAAAGGGCCAAGAUGAGAGCACCAAGAAAUCACGUUCUUUGUUGGUUAUCUCACCAUUUAGCGAGGAUGAGGAAGAUGAGGAAACUUCAAAGUAAAAGAAA